CGAAAGUGUAUUUUUAGUCGUUUGUUACAGCUGCAGAGUGCAGUUGCGCAUUUCAUCUUGUAGUCUCAAGUUAAAAAGUUGUCGGAAAAAAAAUGUCUGAUCCAUCUUCUCUUCGGGGAUUUCCUUGUUAUUCUUCCGAGAAGCAGUAUUCCUCUCAGAUCAUGCUGAACCUCGAAAUUCAGUACAUGAUGAGGUGUCCCAGGUGUACUGCUUUUCUGAAACCACCCAUUUAUUCCUGCACCAAAGGUCACAAUUACUGUAACAUAUGUUUCGAAAACAAUUCCACAAAUUGUUACCACUGUUCGUCGAAAAAAGCCCCCUUUAGAUGUACGUUGAUGGAAAGAAUUUACAGUGAAUUACGCUUUCCCUGUAAAUAUUACAGCAAGGGAUGUUCGAGGGUUUUGAGGGGUGUUUUAUUACCUCUACAUGAGUAUGAAUGCAGUUACAAAAACUAAGAUUGUACACUCUAGAAUUUUGGCUAUUCUUUUCUUCAUAACUUCGAAAUAUUCAAUUGUCAUUCCACUCAGGAGCUCUACACAGUACUUGGAUGAAUUACCUGGGUGUUGGUAGUUUAUUAUCUUUAUAUUGUUUAUCUUUACUGUAGAGAAUUUAGUUCUGAAAACCUUGUUUUUAAGUGGUUAUUUCAUUUUACCUAUUUGUGAAUAUGUAACAUUUUACCUUAUUGGAUUUGUACUAUGGAAUUUUAUAUAUAUGAAUGAAUUAUGGAAAAAUGUAAUCCUUCCAUCUUAUUGAUAUCGUUAUAUUUUUUUAUUCGCUGAAGAAUAUCAGAAAGUUCUUUUUCCAUUUGAUUCUUCUGACUAUCGUUCUUUGCCUGGAUUCAAAUGGAUUUAAUAUUCUCCAAGAUAAUAAUAAGGUCACGUUAGUAUUCUUUCGAUUUUACUAUUUCACAUCUCGACAAAUUUUAUAUUUUUCAUCCAUAGUCCAUUUUUGUUAUAUACAAUAAUGUGGGAGGAAAAAUAAGUUUUGUUUUUGUUCAUGGUAAAAGUAUUUUUAGCUUGAUUGAUUCUCAUUUGCAGAAUGAAUAAAAUAAGGAUUGAAACAU